AUGGACGCGAAAACGAAGGUAAAGAAAGCGAAUUUGUCCAAAAGCGAGUUUGAGACGCUCGUUUCCGAGUACGAGAAUAAAUAUGACGUGCUCGAGGGUGGUCUGUCUAUUUCCCUCACUGGAGUGGACAAACGGAAAGCAUGGGAAAGCGUUAUGGACGCUGUCAACAGCACCAGCUUAAUAAGCCGAACUGUUGAUGAAUGCAAGAAGAAGGUUAGUGACCUAAAGGUGAAGGCCCGUAAAAAAGAAAGAGCCAGGGUGCAGUAUGAGCGGGGCACGGGUGAAGGACCCCCUUCAGAGGAAUUGAGUCCUCUAGAAAAAAAGAUGCUGGAACUCCUUCCUUUGGAAUCGGUACAUGGCCAUGAAGAUGGUUUUGAUACCUUUAAGCCCAGUUCUUCAGCAUCAAUGCAUGGUCUGGGUAACUCAUCCAAGUCUGCUGUAAUUGAAUACAAGGUUGAUGACAGCACGCCUGAGCCCAGUGAUAUUCAGUGUCAGCAAAGUCAGAAAGCUGCCAGUGUGAGUUCCACACCAAGUAAGUGUAAUACAACAUAAGUUUAC